UCACUGAAGGGGUGAUACGUGGUGUCUGGUCAUUUGAUUUUUAUUUUUAUGCCUUUAUUUCAAUAGACUGGUGACUGCAAGGUUGACAGACGAGCAGACUGACUGUCGUCGUGGAUUGUGAGUAUCAGAUGGUGACAUUCGGGACUUGAGCGCGCAUGGCACCUGUGGACGUAACAAGCACCCCCUGAUGUUUGGACUCAAAUCUUUUGCAAAAAAAGAAUUCUCCACAAGAUUUAGUUGAUAAUCGUUGCUGAUUCGGUCAAACACCCUGCAGUUAAGGCGAGAAGCGUAACAUGUUGCUGAGUGUUUCGUUCCUGGUGGUUUUACUGCUGAGCAUAACCGGCUGCGGCUCGUCGUACGUGCCGUGCGAACCCUGCGAUCGGAAGGCCAUGUCCAUGUGUCCGCCGGUGCCAGUGGGCUGCCAGCUGGUGAAGGAGCCCGGCUGUGGCUGCUGCCUGACGUGCGCACUCGAUGAAGGCCAUGCGUGCGGUGUGUACACCGGGCCGUGCACACGCGGGCUCCGCUGCCUUCCCAAGAACGGCGAGCCGCUGCACGCGCUCCUGCACGGUAGGGGGGUAUGCAGGAACGAGAAGUUGUAUAAACUACUGCAUCCGCCUAGAGGUGCAAACCACGAUGACACCCUGCUUCCCAUCCCCGAGCUGCCCCAAACUAAGAUGCCCUUAUUAGGAAGCGACCACAUCAGCAGUCGGAAAGCUCAGGCUAUGAAACAGGCCCUAGACCGUAAGAGACAGCUGGCCAGGCUGGGAGCUGCCAGCAUCCGGGACUUCUCACAGCAAAGCCUGCAUAAACUAGAUCUUGAGUUUGGGCCAUGCAGAAGAAGACUGGAUAAUCUCAUUCAAAGCAUGAAGGACACUUCUCGGGUCUUGGCGCUCUCUCUGUACCUCCCCAACUGUGACAAGAAGGGCUUCUUCAAGCGCAAACAGUGUAAGCCAUCUCGUGGUCGAAAAAGGGGGAUCUGUUGGUGUGUUGACAGGUUUGGCAUGAAAAUCCCUGGCAUUAGCUACGCUGGAGGAGACCUGCAGUGCAAAGAUCUUGACAACAGCAGUAACAGCAAAGAAUGAGAGUUGAAAUGGUGGCGGUACUCGCUGAGCCCUGUGCUUCUUAAAGCCUGCCAAUCAAGAUAGCACACUUAAUGACUGCCAAUAAGGAAACUAGGGCAUAAAUGCUUAUAUAUACAGUAUGAUCAAGUGUGGUGGACUGCAUUAUAGAUUUUUUUGUUUUGGUUUAUGUUUGUCUUUUGUCAAACGGGGAGUCCAACUGAAAAUCCUGUAAGUGUAAGUCUUAACUCUGGCUCCCCACUGACUGUGUGCUAUGUCUGAGGUUAGCUCAUAUAUAUA